UAUGUCAUUUUAUGUUAUAUUGUAAUCUCCUAAUAUUUAGUUUAAAUUAUUGUUUUGAUUUGAUUAAUGAUGUUGGAGUAUUUGAUGUUGCCUAUUCAUAAUUUAAGCUAUAUAUAUAAAUUGAGUCAUUCAAUUUCAUUUUAUAGGGUAAUGUUUGGGGGAAACAAUGAAAACUACGUUCUUCCUGAAUUCUUAGAUGAGACUCAAUUUCAGUGUCAAAAUAAUGCAGCAAACCAUUUGCAAAUGUUUGAAAAUUUACAAGUUGGAUGUAACGUUGAUCUAGUAAACUUCGAAAGCGAGCAUAUCGAUUCCACGAUUUUGCCAAAUAAGCAAAGCAAGAUUUUGGAAGAUAUCUCAAAGCAGCAAAGACUUCAACUUUCCUUAAAUUACAACAUAUUUGAAGACAAUGUUGACAGAUCAAAAAGUAUUUUGAAUCCUAACUAUGUGUCAACAGGAUUGAGACUUUCAUAUGAUGAUGAUGAGCUUAACUCAAGUGUUACUUCUGCUAGUGGCAAAAUAACUGCCACAUCUUCUAUCAUAUUGUCUUUUGGUGACAAUAUCAGAACUGAACUUGAUAGACAGCAAGAAGAGUUGGACCAAUAUAUUAAACUUCAGAAGGAACAAUUGUCAAAAGGAGUAAGUGAUAUGAAGCAAAAACACAUGACUUAUCUCCUAACUUCCAUUGAGAAAGAUAUCAAUAAGAAGCUAAAAGAAAAAGAUGCAGAGAUAGAGAACAUGAACCUCAAAAACAAGCAUCUAACAGAGAGAAUAAAGCAAGUGGCAAUUGAAAAACAAAACUGGCAUUAUAGAGCAAAGUAUAAUGAAUCAGUUGUGAAUGUGUUAAGGAACAACCUUCAACAAGCAAUUUCAUAUGGAAAGGAAGGGUUUGGAGACAGCGAAAUCGACGAUGUUGCGUCGUCGAACGUUUCGAGUGCGGCGAUGAAAUCUAUUUACAAGAGAUACCAAGACAUGGAUAAUCUUUCUUGCAAAUCAUGCAAAGAAAAUGAGGUUUGUGUGAUGUUGAUGCCUUGUAGGCACCUUUGUUUGUGUAAAGAUUGUGAUGCAUUUGUCAAUGUUUGUCCAUUAUGUCGAUUGAUAAAAACGGCUAGUAUAGAGGUAUAUCUUGCUUAAUUUAGGCUAAGUGAUUAAUAAAUUUUAGUAGAAAAAAAAAUUAUUUGAGAAGUUAGAAUAUAAACCUUAAAUAGAAUAAUUAUUAAUUAAAAUUUAUGUAUUCAAAACUCUUUUAUGUGUGAUUUAUUUGUCAAAAUUUUGUGUUCUAAGUGAAAGUAUUUGGCACCAAGAAAA